CUUCACUUUGGCUAUCCCACCCUCCAUCCAAAUCCCCGAAGUCCCAUCAUCUUCAACCUUCAGCCACAAAAAAAUUCCCACUCGCACGGCACCAGUGAGCGAAAAAAUGGCGCUCACCACCACAUUCCUCCCGCGGAAUCUCUCUCCACCAUCCCUCGCCGUCAACAAUACGAAAUCGCCGGCGAGGAGCCGCAAUCGCAUGCAGGUGAGCUGCAGGAAGAAGGACCUGCACCCGCAGUUCUACGAGGACGCCAAGGUGUACUGCAACGGCGAGCUGGUGAUGACCACCGGCGGGACCCAGCAGGAGUACGUCGUCGACGUCUGGUCCGGCAACCACCCCUUCUACCUCGGCAACCGCUCGGCCGUCCUCGUCGACGCCGACCAGGUCGAGAAAUUCCGCAAGAAGUUUGGCGAGCUGUCGGAGAUCAUGGAGAUCCCCGUGCUCAAGGGCGAGAUUGUGGUGCCCUCGCGGCGCAAGUCGGCUAAGGGUAAGAAGAAGUAGGGCUUCUUUGUUCCGUUCCUUCUUCAACUGAAUUUGUAAUUGAGCUUUUUUUAGUUGUUGUAAUUGGAUAAAUUGGUAUUUGCUCUAACGCAAAGGGGAAAAAUUAAGAGCGGUUGAUGUUGAGAAUUCAGAAUUCACUUGUUCUUUCUCCUCUACGAGAUGGUCACGCUUGUUCCAUGUCAAAUAGCCUGUGAAGCAUGGUGGUUUUGAUGC